AUGGUACGAUUCGCUUAUGAACCCCUUCGGUCUAGUCGAGCGAUUAGGUUGAUCAAGUUUCUACCCGGUUCCAGCCCAAUCUGCCAGAUGAUCACAGUCGAGGUUGAGAAAGCCCCGCCAUAUGUAGCUCUGUCGUAUACUUGGGGAAGCACGGAAUUAUCGAGAGUGAUCCUCGUCAAUGGAAGUGAGGUUCCCAUCACUCGGAGCCUGGCUGAGGCCAUUGAUGCCAUUUUCAUCUUUGCAAGAGAACGAAGUAUGAUGUUCUGGGCAGAUUCGAUUUGCAUUAAUCAGGCAGACGAUCAUGAGCGCGGCCUGCAAGUCAGACUCAUGAAUUCAAUUUACCGUUCGGCGGAGAUCGUUACAAUUUGGCUUGGC